AAAGACCAAAGGGCAAAGGAUCAAAAAUGAAAAACUAGGAAAAAGGUGAAAUUAUCUUAUGGUUUAUCAUGGCCAGCGAGCAAGAAAACAUCAAGUUUGGGAAGCAAAAAAAAGAGGAAACGGCAGGAAUUUUUAAGGCAAAGGAAGUUUGCUAGCAUUUUGCUUUUAUCCCCAUGUGGAGUUUGUUCAUCGCCUUGUCCUACCCUGUCCGUUUUCCUGGUACACUCAUCGAGAAAUGGAUGGCAGUUUUUUUUGUAAGACGGCAGCCGUCAAGGCAAGAAGGCAAGCAUUCCUGCAAGGGUUUGGUCUUGUUUACUGUUCAACUGGCGUAUUACUCGAUCCAAAAAACAAAAAAAAUAUGGCUUUUAGUGGGUGUUGACCAGCUGCUUUACAAUCACUGAUUGUACAGAGUGGACAAUAGAGCGAGCUGAAGCGUCAAUGAUGGCCCUUCGACGUUUGCUUUCACAUAAUGGUACCCAUGUCGGUAUCCACAGGCGGCUCGAGAUUGGCCCUCCACCGGAUUACAGCGUGGUCGACUUUGGAUUGAUCGAGCGCAUAUACGGAACCUUUCUUGCUGUCUUGGCUGUGUGGUGGCUGGCCAGUUUGGGACUGUACAUUCGUCGAAGACAUACACCAUGCAUUGCAGAGGGAGGAGUGUAUUUGACUGUCGUAGGAGCGAUCAGUGGCUUUUUGGUUUGCGCUGAUAUGGGACUCCAUGUGGUUUUAAAGAGAUGGCCAUGCAGUGCGACGAUGUGGACAAUCAAUCUCGGUGUGUCCACUACUAUCUUGACUAUCUUCUUUCGGGGUGUCCUUGUAUUUCGAAAAUAUAACCUCUGCCAUUGGAAAGCAUCCUUUUUUACGACCCUGUUCACCGACCCAAUACCACGAGAUCGGCCUCCAGUAUCCUCAGCAUCCUCCAUCUCCGCCACUUCAGUAGCAACCUCGACAGAGGGCCUCGUUAGACCUAGAACCAGCCUAGGUCAACAGGACCAACAGCCAGCAGCAGUUACCUCCAUGCGCCGUCGCCAGACCGAAGCCUCAGAACCCCAUCUCACCAGCCACCUCGCGGUUUGGGUGACCCUCUUUGCAAUAUGGACGAUCAUCGCGCAAGUCCUGACAAGGCAAAACAGGCUGUGGCCUGCUGUCGAUUACAGCGACACAAGUAACAUGCGCUGCGCACUGGGAUGGGAAUAUGCUCCCGUGACAGCCUUGUUGGCGCUGUACCUUUUCGUCGGAUGUCCCCUCGCAUCUAUGAAACUGAGAGAUGUGAAUGAUGCGUAUGGCAUUCGGACGGCGGUAUGGACGGGAAUUGCGGCGGGAAUUCCUGGUUUUCUAUUUUACAUUUUAUGGGUCUUUUAUGUUGAGCGGAAGUGGCCUGCAGUACUGGUUGUGUUCCCAGAUCAACUCUGGACGAUACUGGCUCAGGUAGCCAAUCAUGCAACAGCAGUCUUCGUUCCAGCUGUCAGAUCUUUUACCGAGGAGAACCGGCGACGGAGCGUAACGCUCUGUCUCAACAUGGAAAGCUUUCAGAAAGUUUUGAACAACCCAGUCUUGUUUGCAGAGUUCAAACAAGUUGCGAUCGCUGAUUUUAACGUCGACAAUGCACUCUUCUACGAGGAAUAUACAUCCCUUCAAGAUGCCGUUCUGGCCGCCUACACAAAUUCUCCCAACACUACCGCACCAGCAACAGCAACGCCAUCUCCACGAUCAUGCUCAAUAUCCGAGACCCCGAACGGCAUAGAAUUAGAACCCAUAUCAUACAACAAGCCCUCCGACAUUGCACCAUGGGUGGAGGAAUCUCGGGAUCCAAAUUUCACAUUACCUAGCCGCCCCAGCACAGUAGCCAUUUUCGGACCCAGACGACGAAGUGUGGCUGAUGCAUGGUCAAAACGGAAAGAGCCGGUUAUUGGAUCAUCUUCCAAUUCUCCUUCCACAACCAUCCAGGAACCUCCAUCAACAAUAUGCAACCAUACAUCUCAGGUCCCACGGGACUGGAUCGUCCCACCACAUCUCCUCGCUCGAUUCCAGUCCUUCCAUGAUACUUUUACGAGUCGGAACGCGCCGCUAGAAGUUAACCUCCCGUCGUCAGUCGCAGACGUAAUCCGCCAGGCGUUCAUGAAGAGAGGAUCCAUUCAUGUAGGAAUCUUUGAUGAAGCAGCAAAAGAAGUUGUUUGGAGCAUGUUUGGAAAUACUUUUCCGGCUUACUUGAAAGCCAGGGAAGAGGGGCCAAAGUGCACGGACCCAGAUCGGUGGUGGAAAAGGUUUUGGGGUUGGAGACCAGGGAGAAGAAGAGCCGGUGUUGAUGUGUGACGGGACGAGGUACCCGGGAAGGAGGAAGGGUCUUUGUAAGAGUAGUGCGACUUGCUUUAAUUUAUUUAUACGAUUAGUUACAAUAGAAUAACUUAAGUUCCUC